AGAAAAGGAGAAAACACUCCUUCCAUUUCCUCCGGCGAGAGGUUGGGCGAAAAUUUUCCUCGAGUUUCGAUCACAGCCUCAUCAAACAAAAUGACCGGCUUCAGCGGGGACGAAACCGCUCCCUUCUUCGGUUUCCUCGGCGCCGCCGCCGCCCUCGUCUUCUCUUGCAUGGGAGCUGCUUACGGAACGGCAAAGAGUGGUGUAGGCGUGGCGUCGAUGGGCGUUAUGAGACCGGAGCUCGUAAUGAAGUCAAUCGUGCCGGUGGUUAUGGCUGGAGUGCUAGGUAUAUAUGGCCUUAUUAUUGCUGUUAUUAUCAGCACGGGAAUAAACCCUAAAGCGAAGUCGUACUACCUCUUUGAUGGCUAUGCGCAUCUGUCGUCUGGUUUGGCAUGUGGCCUCGCUGGUCUUUCCGCUGGCAUGGCCAUCGGGAUCGUGGGUGAUGCUGGUGUCAGAGCAAAUGCACAACAGCCAAAGCUCUUCGUUGGAAUGAUACUUAUACUAAUCUUUGCAGAAGCAUUGGCGCUCUAUGGAUUGAUCGUUGGCAUAAUUCUGUCAUCGAGGGCUGGCCAAUCCAGAGCUGAUUAACCUCUGUCAUAUUUGCUUAAUUAGAUUUAUUUUUCUGCUUUCAUAGAAUAAUAAGAUUUCUUUUUUGCUGAUUGCGUGCUAAUAUCAUGGAAGGGAGUAUUAGAGGAUGUAGCCAUCGAUAUUUAAUUUAGAUGUGUUAAAAAUUAAAAUAAAGAUAAAUCUAUGUUAUUAAUAGAGAGUUUAGGUUUAAAAA